UUGUCAGUGAAGAGAUGUUGUAUUCGAAGUCAGAUCUUGCAUUCAUUGGGCUGCUCAGUAGAGCAAGCAGAUGUGCUUGUUCUAAAAGGUUCACUAGCCAUGCAGAUAGAUCUUCAUGUCUCAAAAGCUACACAUACAGUGACUCUGCCUUGCCUCUCAGCUGACUCUUCACUCGCUGGUCUGGUCAUGAGGAGCCUGCAGCUGAUCCUUGUGGUCUUUGUCUUACUCUCCUAUGUUCCACCAGCUAGAAGUGGACUGAAUAUUUACAUAAGACGUAUUUUCGAUACAUGCUGGCUAUUAAAAGGCGUUUGCAGGGAAAAGUGUACAGAUGAUGAAAUUUAUAACAUUCUUUGUGGUACUAAUUUUCUGUGCUGUAUAAGCCCAAAGGACAUGCCCACUCUUUUUGUGAAGUAAUUGUCAAAUUCUGUUUUAGUAGAUCCACGUGUAGCCGCAGACCCAGAAAUCUCACCGCUGUCUUUCUAAUUAUACUGAUUUAUGUUCUCACUUGUGUGGUCACUUCUUAUUUUGGAUUCCAGCUGGUGUUUUCUACCCCAGCCCCUCUCGGGAGUAUGCACACUAAAGAUGUAUAGUAACUGAAUUGUAUUUCACCUAUGACUAAUAAAUGUUUACCGAUUGGUCAGAUUCCUUGUUUGUGACUGGAGUACA